AUGUCGGAUUUUGCACGCUCUCGGGGGAACACACGAAAGUCUCCAGAUGAGAGAUCAUCAGACUGGGAACUGGGAGAGAGCAACUUCGGCGCGUCCAACAACCACCGAUCAACUAUGGAGGCAUCAGCAAUUCAUCUUCAGCCUUACUUACUUCAGCCCCGCAUUAUGUCGGGGCGCAUGUCACUGUACAGCAGCAGGGUGCGACCUGUCCUGACUCACGCCUCUCUCCAAACACGUGUGUAUAACUUUUUGGAAAGGCCAUCCGGCUGGAAGUGCUUCGUUUAUCACUUCACCGUGUUCCUUCUGAUUAUUGCUUGCCUGAUUCUCAGCAUUCUGUCAACCAUCCCCAAGUCACAGGACUCUGUUUUCCCCGCUCUCUUUUGGGUGGAAAUUUUUGUUGUGGUUUUCUUAGGGUUGGAAUAUAUUGUCCGGCUUUGGUCAGCAGGUUGUCGCAGUAUAUAUGUUGGCUUCUGUGGACGACUACGAUUCGCAAGGAAGCCAAUAAUCAUCAUAGAUCUGAUUGUUGUCGUUUCCUCAAUAUUCGUGCUAGCAGUUGGUUCCAAUGGGCAGGUGUUUGCAACCUCUGCUGUGAGGGCGAUCCGUUUCCUGCAAAUACUGCGUAUGUUGCACGUAGACCGCCAGGGAGGUACAUGGCGUAUCCUGGGGUCUGUUGUCUAUGCCCAUCACCAGGAGCUGAUCACAACACUCUACAUUGGCUUUCUGUGCCUGAUUUUCGCCUCGUACUUUGUCUACCUGGCAGAAAAAGAAGUUAACGCGUUUGAUACAUACGCUGAUGCUCUGUGGUGGGGAGUGGUAACAGUGACGACCGUUGGCUAUGGAGACCUCGUUCCUCAGACGUGGAUUGGGAAAAUGAUUGCAUCGUGUUUCUCGGUCUUUGCCAUAUCCUUCUUUGCACUUCCUGCAGGAAUUUUAGGCUCCGGCUUUGCGCUGCAGGUGCAGCAGAAGCAAAGACGGAAACAUUUCAACAGACAAAUCCCCGCUGCUGCUAGUGUGAUCCAGACAUCAUGGAGAUGUUUUGCAUUGGAAAAUUCAGAUUCAGCCACAUAUAAGAUGUUUUUCAGAAAGAGAUCACAAACCCUCAACUCACUGUCGACCACAACAGCUACGAAACUGGAAAAGAAAGACUCUUCCCCAAAUUUUCUCACAAUUCCGAGCAGUCAGAAGAACAACGUUUUGAGCUCUGAUGUAUGCAAAACAGUGGACACAGAGAAAAAUCUUGGCUUUUUGGAUGUUGAUCCAUCCACUGGCCUCAAGACAAAAUGCAGUUCAGCAGACAACCUGGAUCAGGAGAUGGAGCGAGACUGUGCACUGACUGCGGCUACUUCCACAUCUCAACUAACCAAGUCCCAUAGACAAGCUAUCCGUGUGAUCCAGAAAAUGCGCUAUUUUGUGGCGAAGAGCAAGUUCCAGCAAGCUCGUAAACCAUAUGAAGUUCGAGAUGUGAUUGAGCAAUACACCCAUGGUCAUCUCAAUCUAAUGGUGCGGAUCAAGGAAAUACAGAGAAGACUGGACCAGUCUUUAGGGAAGACCACCUCUUUCCAGACUGGAGCAGAUCGAACCAAAGAGAAGGGAAACAACUCCAUUGGAGCCCGACUCAGCAGGAUGGAGGACAAGAUCACACACAUGGAUCAAAUGCUGAACCACAUUGCAAACUCUCUCAAUAUUCUGCCGGACCGGAGAGAUGUCAAUGGGGGCGAGCGGGAGGGUGGACCGCAGUCUGGCCCCAGCAGCAAUAUCAACCCUAGCCACGAUGGUCUACCAAGCUAUGAGCACCUGUCAUCAAAAUUGCAAGACAGCGACUGAUCUAUUGAUCAAUGUUCUGUAAAUCAAAUAUCAAAUAUUAUCUCAUAUUCAGAACCACAGAUCUAUGUUUUGUAACUCAUGGGUCAAAUAUUACUUUGGAUUUUGUUGUGUACGUAAUACACAAUACGUACUACGUAUACUAACGUAUUCUCCGGACGAUACGGCGCAGUUUUUUUUUCUUUUCAUAGUUUGGCCGGGGGUACGACUUAUACUCAGGAGCGACUUAUGUGUGAAAUUGUCAACACAUUAUAUCAUUUCACAUGUUACUUUUACACUAAACCGCAAGUGGACGCUCUAGGCCUGUGGUAUAAUUGGAACUGCAACUGACGAUGAGUCUAAAGUCAGCCACAACCCUUGUCACAAGCUAAACUAAAUGACUCCAAAAGUAUGAUUUCCCAGGCAAUUUAGUGUUUUCCAUGAACACUGACAUAAUUGCACAAGGGUUUUCAAAGGGUUUUUAAUCAUCCAUUAGCGUUCUAACACGAUUAGGAAAUACAAUGGAACAUUAGAAAACUGGAGGGAUGGUUGCUAGAAAUGGGCCUUUAUACACCCAUGUAGAUAUUGCAUUAAAAACCAGACAUUUGCCGCUAGAACAGGGGUGGGCAAACUUUUUGACUCGCGGGCCGAACUGGGUUCUAAAUUUGGACCGGAGGGCCGGACCAGGAGCAGAUGGACGUAGGCGUUGUGUGAAGUCAUAUAAGCGACCUGUAAAGGUCAUUGCAUAAAAGAUCUUGGCUUUUAGUAGGUAGUAAAGCAUGGAUAUUCCAAACAAUUUGUUUGAAAACAAAUGCAUUUAUUAACAGCAUUAAAAAAAAAAUAAUUCACUAAAAAACUGCUAUCAGUGAUUCUCAUAAAAUACGACACUGUUAUUAUGAAUAACAAUGUCCAUCACUUCAGUGCCUGCAGGUCAGAUUAAUGAAAGAUAUUUAUCUUAUGAGAUCACAUCAAACGGCAAACAUUCUGACCAAAUAUAUCAUCUUGAAGAAUCGGUGAAAGCAUACAUCCAAAUAAAGUAAUCAAAACAGCAACACGGUGAGGGGUAUCUGAAAAUCAGAGCAGAGUUUUAACUCGCAAACACCUGGUAACAGAGGUGAGGAAACGGGAAACACCUCCUUAAAGUAAGCCUUAAGAACUUUACAGGUUAAGAUUAGUCGCAAAUAGGUGGUGCAUCAAUGUCCUUGAGCAUCCUGCAUUGCUUGAAAAUGAGAAUGGUCGCUAGUUUCAAUCCCUGCUAUGUGUACAAAUCAUAUUCAAAAUGCGUUUUUUUACAAUAAACUUGAGAGCCUCCCGUUCAUUUUCAGUGGGAA